UCCCAAUUCCCCAAAUUCUCACACGGUCGCACCCCAUCCCGUCCCGUGAUGAGACACUCCACAGCACCACCGCUCGCUGUCGUCGUCGUACUAGUAGCGUAGCAGGGGUAGUAGCGUCGUCUCCCCAGCUAAUCGCCCUGCUAAUCGCGACCACGCAAGAACAGCUCAUCUCGACCUGCUAAUCAGCUGCUCGCUUGCGUGCUCUGCCCGCCUAACCGCGCUUUGUUUAGCUACAGAGCCGGCGACUUUGUUUCCCUCCCGCGGCGUCGGUAUAAGUAGUCGCGGUCGCCGCCGUCGCCUCCCUUCCUCGCACCCUCCUCUGCUCUGCAUCGACCCCUCUUUCUUCUUCUUCUUCCUCUGCCCGGACGGCCUCUACCUGGUGGGGCUCCACACCCCCAACCAAUCCCCGGGCCUCUGCUCUGGCCGCCAUGAAUUCCUGCUCCCGGGGCCUUGCCGUGGACGACGGGCUGUGCGCGGGCGGGGCUCUGGCGCGGCCGUCCUCAUGCCUGCUCGUCGCUUCCUCUCCCUGUAGCCUGACCAAGCAGCUAUAGCGAGCGAGAGCAGAGUGCAUCGGCCGAGUUGAAAUUAAGCAAGCCAAACCUCCCUCCCUCGCGCAGCUCGGCGCCUCCUUCUUGGGCGCCCAAGGAAGCGACUUCGGAGUACAGCAGCAACAGCAAUGGCGGGAGCUGGUUCCCAGUGACGCGCGCCAUGGAUCCCCAGCCGUUCGUGCGACUCUCCGUCGGCCAGCUCGGUCUCAAGCUCCCCGGCGGGAACGCCAGCAAGGCGUCCUCCCGGCUCUGCGACUGUGAGAUCCGGCGUGUUCAGGGUGGAGCUUGCGUCGUCGUCGGAGUGGCGCGACGGGAAGCCCGUGCUGCCUCCACCAUGGCUGGGCUGGCAUCGGCAAGGGUGCGGCGGAGGCCAGGCCGGAGCUCCACCUCAGGGUGAAGAUGGAGGCCGACCCCCGGUACAUCUUCCAGUUCGACGACGAGGUCGCGCUCAACCCGCAGGUCGUCCAGCUCCAUGGCAGCUCCCGGCAGCCCAUCUUCAGCUGCAAGUUCAUCCGCGACCGCCGCAGGCCGUCUCAGGGUGACGGGCAGUACUGGUCGAGCUCCGGCGGUAGCGAGGAGACGGACAUGGAGAUGGCGAUGAGAAGGGAGAGGAAGGGGUGGAAGGUGGUGAUCCACGACCUGUCGGGGUCGGCCGUGGCGGCGGCGUUCAUGGCCACUCCGUUCGUGCCGGCGCCGGGCGGCGACACGGUGGCGCGGUCCAACCCGGGCGCGUGGCUCAUCGUGCGCGCCGGCACCACGGGGUCGUCGGACAGUUGGCAGCCGUGGGGCCGGCUCGAGGCGUGGCGGGAGUCGUCGUCGUCGGCGCCGGCGGCGAGCAGCAGGGACACGGUGCGGCUGCGGCUGCACCUGCUCCCGGACGGGCAGGACGACUGCGUGCUGGUGUCGGAGGCGCCACUGGGCAGCGACAAGGGCGGCGAGUUCUCCAUCGACAUGGACAGGCAGGCGCCGGCGCCGGUGCCGGCCGCGGCGGCGGCGGCGGGGCACUGCGCGGUGAGCCUGGGCGCCGCGUGCGCGGGGGGCGGGUUCGUGAUGAGCUGCAAGGUUGAGGGGGAGGCGCGGAGCAGCAGACCGUUCGUGCAGCUCGCCAUGCGCCACGUCACGUGCAUGGAGGACGCCGCCAUGUUCGUCGCGCUCGCCGCCGCCGUCGACCUCAGCGUCAAGGCGUGCCGGCCGUUCCGACGGAAGCCCGGCAAGAAGGCCGCCUCGCCGUCGCCCGACCCUCUCGAGCUCGACACGUAGAGGCACAUGCAGCUCAGGACACACUGUAAAUUGACCACGACGUACGUAGCAUCCAUCCAUGGCCAUGGGAUCCAAAUCCAUCUAACUCUGUAAAUUCACUUGUUUUCAAAAACUGGACAGCAUCGCUUGCAGGAAUCAAAACUCUCUUGUUGUUUGAAAGGCUCCGUUUGGAUCAUUGCAAUUGAAUUCCAUUCUAAUAA